AGCAGCGUAUCAACAAUUCACUCAGCCUACGAUACCGACGGUAGUCUCAGCAGCAUGCACGAUGAAGAAGCUAAACCCACCAGCAACAGCAGCAACAGAAAAAAAGCCAAUGUUAUUACUUUAACUCCGCUCUUAGAGUCACCCAAAAAAUCACAUGCAGCCAUUGUUAUUCAAUCAUUAUGCCGUGGUGUUUUGGUUCGAAAGGAGUUUGUGAGGAGAUUGAGGGAUUGGCAGGUUUUGGCAAUGAAGGGGUCGGCGAGUGUUAUGCGAAGGAGGACUUUGAGGGAAGGGAGGCCCGAGGGAAGAGUAUCUUUGGAAGACGAGCCGGAGAAGGAAAAGGUGCUGAAGAAGCCCGUGAGUUUGCCUGGGUCGCCUGGGUCGCCUGGGUCGCCUGUGGCAUCUGUGGCACCUAUAGCAGCUACGGUGCCUGUGGCAGCUACGGUGCCUGUGGCUCCGCUGUCCAAGUUUUCACCGGUCGUUUUGCCUCCGCUUCCGCAGGGUCGCGGGUUUUCUCCGUCAGCACCAGCCGCGCCGCUGGCGCAAUUGGCGCCGCUGGCUUUACUGUCGUCGUCGUCGCUGCCUACGCCGCCAGCAGCGCCCGUUCAACGCCGCGGACUGAACAUCAGAGGCUGGUUUCAUAGACAGUCGUCGCCGAACAAGCGCAGUGGCAUCAGCAGCAGUGGCAUCAGCAGCAGUGGCAUUAGCAGCAGUGGCAUUAGCAG